GAGGAGAGGCAGGGGCCGGGCAGCUGCCGCUGUGAUUGGCACAGCCCGCUCCGGCAUAGGAGGCGGCGAGCAGCCGGGGACGCAGGAGCCCCGCUGCGCCCCUCCAUCCCCCCGGCAGCAGCGGGAGCGGCGAGCUGCUGGGCUCCGCGGCGCCGGGAAGGAUGCCGGGGAAGAAGCCUGGGGGCUCCGCGGGCGGCGGCGAGCUGCAGGGGGACGAGGCGCAGCGGAAUAAGAAGCGGAAAAAGAAGGUUUCCUGCUUCUCCAACAUCAAGAUCUUCCUGGUGUCCGAGUGCGCCCUGAUGCUGGCCCAGGGCACCGUGGGCGCCUACCUGGUGAGUGUUUUAACUACCUUGGAGCGGCGAUUCAACCUGCAGAGCGCUGAUGUGGGGGUGAUAGCCAGCAGCUUUGAGAUUGGGAACCUGGCCCUCAUUCUCUUUGUGAGCUACUUUGGAGCCCGGGGGCAUAGGCCGCGUUUGAUAGGAUGUGGAGGAAUAGUCAUGGCUCUGGGCGCCCUCCUUUCGGCAUUGCCUGAAUUUCUGACCCAUCAGUACGAAUAUGAAUCUGGGGAAAUACGCUGGGGGGCUGAAGGGAGGGAUGUAUGUGCUGCCAACGGGUCCACCAGCAACGAGGGACCAGACCCGGAUCUUAUCUGCAGGAAUAGGACUACCACCAACAUGAUGUACUUGCUUCUCAUUGGAGCGCAAGUGCUCCUAGGCAUUGGUGCUACCCCUGUACAGCCACUAGGAGUUUCCUACAUCGAUGACCACGUGAGACGGAAAGAUUCCUCCCUGUAUAUAGGGAUCCUGUUUACAAUGCUGGUAUUUGGACCAGCCUGUGGAUUUAUCUUGGGCUCCUUCUGUACCAAAAUCUAUGUGGACGCUGUCUUCAUUGACACAAGUAAACUAGAUAUCACCCCCGAUGACCCUCGGUGGAUCGGCGCGUGGUGGGCAGGCUUCUUGCUGUGUGGUGCCUUACUUUUCUUCUCGUCCCUCUUGAUGUUUGGAUUCCCGCAGUCCCUGUCCCCCAGGGUGGAGCACGCGGUGGAGAGCGAGCAAGCCAUGCUCCCCGAACGAGACUACGAGCGGCCCAAGCCAAGCAAUGGGGUCCUGCGGAACUCGCUCGAAGGGGAGGACAGUGCCUCCUGCCUCCAGCAGCUGAGAGUGAUACCUAAAGUAACAAAGCACUUGCUGGCCAAUCCUGUCUUCACUUGCAUCAUACUUGCUGCCUGCAUGGAGAUUGCUGUGGUCGCUGGCUUUGCAGCCUUCCUGGGGAAGUACCUGGAACAGCAGUUCAACCUCACCACCUCAUCAGCCAAUCAGCUCUUGGGGAUGACAGCGAUCCCAUGUGCAUGUCUGGGCAUAUUCCUGGGCGGUCUCCUGGUGAAGAAGCUCAGCCUGUCUGCUCUAGGAGCCAUCAGGAUGGCCAUGCUCGUUAACCUGGUGUCCACAGCUUGCUAUGUCUCUUUCCUAUUCCUGGGCUGCGAUACGGGGCCUGUAGCUGGGGUUACUGUUCCCUAUGGAAACAACUCAGCUCUGACCUUGCCCUUGGACCCAUAUUCCCCCUGCAAUAACAACUGUGAAUGCCAAACCGAUUCCUUCACUCCAGUUUGUGGGGCAGAUGGGAUCACCUACUUGUCCGCCUGCUUCGCGGGCUGCAGAAGCACGAAUCUCACUGGCUGCUCAUGCCUCAGUUUGGUCCCAGCCGAGAACGCUACAGUCAUGCACGGAAAAUGCCCCAGUCCUGGUUGCCAAGAGGCCUUCUUGACAUUCCUCUGCGUGAUGUGUGUUUGCAGCAUGAUUGGAGCCAUGGCGCAGACGCCGUCAGUUAUCAUACUCAUCAGAACAGUGAGCCCUGAACUUAAGUCUUAUGCGUUGGGGGUGCUUUUCCUGCUGCUCCGUUUGCUAGGUUUUAUCCCGCCACCCUUGAUCUUUGGGGCUGGAAUUGACUCAACAUGUCUGUUCUGGAGCACGUUUUGUGGCGAGCAAGGAGCCUGCGUAUUGUAUGACAAUGUCGUCUAUAGAUACCUGUAUGUUAGCAUUGCUAUAGCCCUGAAAUCUUUCGCAUUCAUCUUAUACACAACCACCUGGCAGUGCUUGAGGAAAAACUAUAAAAGAUACAUCAAGAACCACGAAGGUGGGCUCAGCACUAGUGAAUUCUUUGCCUCUACUCUCACCCUAGACAAUCUGGGGCGGGACUCUGUGCCCCAAAACCAGUCACAGAGGACAAAAUUUAUCUAUAACCUUGAAGAUCACGAAUGGUGUGAAAACAUGGAGUCUGUUUUAUAGUGACUAAGGAUGGAUGAACUCUAUAUUAAUAAUAUAUGGGUCCUUUUUAAUUAAAAGAGAGAGAGAGAAUAAAAUUUAAAAAACAGGAAACUUUUGUCUUUGUCUCAAAAACCAGAGCCAAGGAUUCAGAAUAACAAAAUCUUUAAAGGGGAUCAUUUUUGAAAUCCUGUCGGAGUGCUGGAGAGAACCCCAAACCACUCCAGUUGGGUACCAGCCCCUGUGAUGAUGGUACAAUCUUCCAGGAUAGAAUCACCUGCCAGGGCAUUGGGAGCUGCAAACCCAGGUUUUUGUGGGAGAACUCGUCAGAUGGACAUUCUUGGGCACCUGGUGAGAAGAAACAAGCAAAUAACAGCAAUUCCAGAAUAAGCGUUCGAGACACUGCAUGCCAUUAGGGAUCUGUGCAGCCCUGUCACCUCUGCAAUAUGGGCUAAAGGGUUAGCCAGUCUGGGUGCUGUUCAAGUCCAAUGCACUCUCUCAAUGAUGUCAAAGAGGGAACAGUGCUGGAGUUAUUAAACUACUUACACUCUGUCACCAGCCACGAUUCCAUGUUAGAUACUUUGAAUGAUGCUGUAUACCCUCUAGCCAGCACACAUGAAUGGUCAAAGGCUCCACUGUCCUUCCAGCAGAUCUCAGAUUUCGGUUCUCUGUGAAUGGCUGUGCUCAGAUCUUUAAAACCCAGUAAAGUUCAAGUCAUUUGCUUACACUUGCCAAAUGUUCUGUCAUUUUUUUUUAAACUCAAACAUUUGCCUAUAUAAUCCUUUUAAGAUUUUUUUAAACUACUUUCAAAUCUAUAUUAACCCUUAAAUCACCAACAGAGUUCUAUAAGGGGAAUUUAUUCUACCAAUUGCAUUUUUUUUCAGUUUCUUUUCAAUAUGCCACAACAUCAUGCGAGGGAUUCAGCUAAUCCAGUGCAUUUUUUUUUUAGUCUGUAUGCCUUCGUUCUGAUGCACUGUCAAACCAAUGAGGACGUGCAUUAUUAAAAAGAGAUUAAAAGAGAGAGUGAAUGCUCUGUGUCUCUAUGAAAAUAACUAAAAGUUGGAGAAUUCUAGUAUGAUAUAAUAAUUUACAGAUUAUUUUUUCAUAUGACAUAUGACUCGGUGACUACAUAGAUGGAGAGACCGUUUGUUUAUGUACUCUCCGGUUUUUAAAUAUAUAUUAUUUGCGGUCGGGUGGGAGAAUUCCUUAAAGUGUGUGUGUGUGUGUGUGUGUGUGUGAGAGAGAGAGAGAGAGAGAGAGAGAGAAAAUACUGAGCCCAGUCCUGCAACCCUUACUCAGACAAUUUCUAUUCACGAGUAGUCCCAUUAAUUUCAAGGAGACCACUCAUGGGGAAACGGUGCAGGAUGUGACAUAUUAUGGACCAGAUGUUGCCCCUAGAGUUGCAUUCAGGGCUCCCAUAAAGGGGCAGAAUUUUCAAAAGCACCCAAUAUUGCUCAUUAACCCAUUGCUCAUAUUAACCCAUUACACUUGGACCAGAGUUAGGGCAACACUGAGCACUUUUGAAAAUCACACCCAAAUUGUAUAGGAGCUGCCCCCAUGGAUCCUGGGGAAGAACUAGCAUUAUCUUUUGAAUUAGAGUCUUGUCCAAUGCCCUUUGAAAUCAAGGGGGGGGUCUUUCUAUAGACUUCAGUGGACACUGGAUUGGACUUUUCCUAUAUAAUCUUUUUCCAGGGCAUUCCUACUGUUAAGCAAUAAAAAGUGGCUGUUUAAUGAAUUUUCUCCAACCGUAACUGAAACCAGCCAUGUUUCCAAUGGAGUAAAUGUCAGUAGCAUUUUAAGGGUUAGCAUUGUUAAUUCAAAAUCUUGGGGGUUUUGGCUUGUCUUUCAAAGCUGUUGCGAACCUGCAAACAUUUAGAAGCAUAACCUGUCACAGGAUGUAGCUCCCAUGGAUCCCAGGAGUGGGUGAGCUUCCCAGAGGCACGUUCAUUGCUGGCAAUGGACACACCAGAAUCCUCAUAAUGGAGCAGUGAGGUUAACUUGCCACUCGUGUUCAGUACCAUUUAGCAGACGUUGCGCUAAUCGAGACAGUUAAAAGCUGGCAGCCUAAGACCGCUUCCAGCUGACUUACUUUACUGGUGUGUUUUGUAAUUUAUGCACUGCAUUAAAUGUUCAGCAACAGUAAGGGCAAAGAACCCAGUAUAUCAAAUAAACUGCACUGUGCCAAAUACUCAACCAAUAUUGUAACUAUAUAUGUUUUUAUUCUUGGCUUGGAGCCUUGUACAGAAUCAUUUGAUAAAGAGAGGAGAGGGAAGGGGGGGAAAGGAACAUUAUGCAGUGCCAUUUGUAUCUAUUGGGUGGUAAAUGAUGCUUUUAAACCACAAUAUUUAGAUCCGUUUAUUAUAUCCUGUCUGCAAAAAAUAGAGAUACUGCAUCCAUAAGCCAAUGAAUUAAACGAAGGGACAGGUUGCAUAACUGUCUCAUAAAAUAUGUAUAGUUGUCAAGUAUAAGCCUUUGAAAUCUUUCUGUACAGUUUUCCUUAUUUUGAAAUUUUAUUGCUUAUAGAAUGCCGCCUUUUUCAGAUGCUAGCUCAGAGUUUUAUACUACGCACGCAUCACAAACAACCUGUCGCAAUGCCUGAUUUCCUGAAAAUCUAUAAGCCCGUUUGCAGUUUGGAUUUUUUUUUUCUCUAAAAAUCCAGGGUGAAUGAGAAUAACAUGCGGGCAUGAUGCAAAACAAACUGAAAGGCGUCCUAGAGCUGUGGUUUGUCAGUAAUUGAAUGUACAAUCAAAAGCCCAUCUGACCAGUGUUAUGGAAAACAAGAUUGCAAAGCAUGAACUGUCGCUUCACUUGUUUGUUUGGGGGAUUUUUUUUAUUUUUACUUUUUUUUGUUUAUCUUAAUCUGAUUUCUUGGUUGUGUAUGGAAAGCUCAGCCUGAGCUGGGUUGUUUUAUUACUUUUGUACCUAAUUAUUUUGUAUCUUGUGCAAUCGUAAUUUUCUGUUUUUCUUUUGAUAACAUUGCUUUUGAAAAGCUCUCAGUAUCAUCAAGGGCUUUAUUCAUAGAGUUUUGGUGCUGUCACAGGGGAAAGAGGUGUAUCCAUGCAUGUAAAACAAAACAUGAAACCAAAUACUCAGAGUGCCCCAGCUUUUGCUUUGCUUUGCUGAUUUCAAAGUCCCAAGCCAGUUUUGCAUGUUCCCUACUUUUAAUUGUACAAUCAGGGGUGAAUAAUCUCAACUCAGCCUCCCUCACCCCAGAAAUGAGUUCCACAUAGCUUUAAGGGGGUACUUCACUUCCUUUUUCAAUAAUAACUUAACCAUGCAGGAGAUGGAAUUGGAAAGAUUCUCUUCCUGAGAGGAGAAAGCAGAGGCAAACCCCAAGUUCUGAAGCUCAGAUCCUACAUUCCCCCCAGGUUCAGGGCCUUUUGGAUUCAGGAUUUUUGUUGAGGUCUAUCUCAGAUUCAGCAGUGCCCCCAAACCCUGUGCUUUGCUGCCUAGUGACAGCCUUCUCGGGAGAUACUUUGGGAAAUGGAACAUACCAUCUGGAGCUCAAUUCUCUUCUCACUCUCACAGAUGUAAACUAGGAGUGGCUCCAAUGAAAUCGGUGUAGGGGGUGCCCAGUGUGAAAGUGGUACAAGUGAGAGCAGAAUCAGGCCAUUAAUACUUUGCACAUUGGGCUCUUUAAACGACGUGGUGCAUUUUGAGACCAUCCCUUUACACUUGUGGAAAUCAUCUUUCAAAGUCCCUGCCCCACCUAUUUGUGCGUUUCACCAGAGCAAAGAGCAUUCUCGGGAGGAGGAGACAUCUUUCCAUUCAAAUUCCCGGCCUACCUUCCCCAGGGUUUUGGUUGCACGAUGACAUGAUGGGGAUUUUAAGAUCACUUGAAUUACCAAGCCAAACCUACCCACUUCCCCCUGUUCAAUACUAUCUGGAGAGCCCAUGCAUUCGAGGCAUCAAAUCUCAGCUCUCACGCUACCGUUAUCCUGUCUGAGCAGGAUAUGAGCCUCAUGGGCGAGAGAAGGAAUUCACUCCCAGGGAGUUGAACUAUCAAUGCUUAAAAAUGAAAUGGUGGGGUGAGCAGACGUUUGAAGAGGGAUUUAAGAAUAUCCAAAUAGCUAGGGCAUGUAAAAAAAAUCUUUUAAGAAAAUCUUUAGACAAUCUUUAUAUUCUCCCUUCAAAAUGCAGUGUCAUCCCCAAUUAUUUUUCAUUAACUAAAGGGAUGCUAAGGGCUGUGCAUCUUACCCACACCUUUCUGCAUCAGGCAACUGUGCUUUCUCCCAGGGUGCACAGUGUCUUGGGAGGGAAAGCAGACUCAAUUUAGCAAUCAGCAGUCUCAUUCCACAACAGACCCAGGGGCAACCUCAAGGCUACCAACACUGUGAGUUGUGAAACUUUACCAGGAGACAGAGUCUGUUGCUGCUGCUGUUCAAGACUAUUUCUCACAGCUGGACAUGUUGGGCUCAGCACUUCCCUGUGAUUCAGAUGAUCUAGAUGCGUUAUUUGUUUUGUUUUUAUCAGAGGGAGUGGGGAAAAUUGCUGUUAAAAGCCCUUAGGCAAAUACCUCAUAGGACUGAAUCGCUUUUUUUUUUGUUCUUUGUUCAGAGAGGUUUCCAAACAAAUUCCCACUCUGCCUUUAAAGCCAGCUAUCCACAUAUAUCCCUCCCUAAUGUCACAUGAGCCGUCUUUAGAGAUAUGAGGCUUCCAAAUCACACGCACACAUUCUCGCUCUCUAGAUGUGAUUAAUGUGUGCAAAGUUCACACUAUUUCUUUGUGCCUGGGGCUCUGGAAAAGCACCUCCUAAGUAUAAGCAAUAAAGGUCAUGAUUCUGAGCUGCUUUGACCUUUCAGAGAGCAAGAGAGAACUGGCAAAGGCCCCUGCGCUCUUCUCCUUGUCUAAAACAAAGUUCACUUGCUCCCAUGUUACCUACUCUGGUCAUGACUCACCAUUCCGCUGAGCGGGGUUUCAAUCCUGGACGGUUGUGGCACUCUCAGUUUUCUGUGACUUGGCGGUUUCAGUCCCCUGCAGUAUGUCCUUGCUUAGAGAUAGCCAAAAUACACUUCCUGUAAAUGAGCAUGCAGACUGAAGGGAAGAGAGCCACUGAUUGUUACUUGGUAUAAGCCCAGCUUGGAGUGACCUUAUGAUGGAUCAGACCGACUCUAGAAGGGAAGACAUAACAAUGAGAGGGCAUUGUGGCUGGGUUUUUAAAGGUCCCUACGAGAAUUAGGCACCCAACUUCAGCUGGCCUUCAAUGGGAUUUGGGCAUCUAACUGUCUUAGCCCCAUUUCAAAGCCUCAGCCUUUAGGCAUCUCUUCCAGGCUGUCUACUGGGCUCUUUCACCAGCCUGAAUUUCACACCAGUAAUUUUGCAAAGGACUGUUAAAGUUCCUUUGCCUAGGUGGUGCCUUUCCCUCUCCACACUCUUAAUGAUGUCAAAUGCAAAUAAUGAAAUGCAGUCCUAUCAAGCCAAUAAUCUCUGUUCAGAGACAUUAACACUGUCAUUUACAUUGGCUUGAGAGACCAGAACAUCUCAUUUGGUUUCGGCCCAUCAGCUACACUAAACACAUGACCCAUUUUUUCUUGCUUUUACACAUUAAAUCUGUCAUUUCUUAUAAGCUGUAAAUGACAUUUUUCCAUUAUUCCACUGACUUUUCCAGCAAAUGCAAGUCUUAACUCAAUUGCUUCACUCGAACAUACUCUCUAGAUAAUUUUUAGAUAUUGGGUAUUUUUCCUUUAAUUUGUGUUGCCUAGUAAAAUCUUUGGCUCUGAUCUUGUUCCCCGAAUUCAAUGGGGCAGGGGCAGGCUCUGUGUAAUUAUGAGCAAAAUAGUCAUGUUCUUUUCCUUGGAAUGAGUAAAAAAUAUGCAUUAUCCUUGUGAUUAAAGAAAAGAGAGAAAAUUAUGAACAAAAGCUGCCAAUUGUCAAGUGGGCUGGAGCAGACAGUCACAGUCUGAUGUGAGGAGUCCCCAUAAAAAAGGAAAAUACCAGUUAUAGUCCAACAAUUUCAAGUGCAACAUUUUUUAGAGGGAUUCUCUAUGAAGUGGAUGCCACCGCUGGCAAUAAGCAAUGAGAAACACGCCAGGAAAAGCUGGAAAAAUAAUUUAUUAGCUGAAUUUCCAUUUCCACCCCGCCCCCUUUGUGAAUUGUCAGUGAAUAGCUUUAAAACUUCUCUAAUUUAUAUGCCAAAAAUUUCUGCAUAUAAUCCUUCGCCUGUAGAUUGAUUGUGAACCACUUAUUAAGAAUAUUUGAUACUUGGCCUGGGUUGGUUAAUUUUGAUUGGACAUGUAAGUCAGGCAGGAUGUUUCUGUUUCCAAACCAGAUGAAUGUAAUUUUAGAAUUGGGGUUUUGGUGCAUCUAUUCAUGAUUAGGAGUCCAGGGUCAGAUCCUUCGCUGGUAUAAAUGAGCAUAGCUCUAUUGAAAUUAGGCCAAUUGAUACCAGCUGAGGAUCUGACUCUAAAAAUUCACUGUUCAGGUACAUGAAUAGCUGCUUAAAUGUCUCUGGUUCUGAGAACAUUUCUGCCAGUUAGUCCCUUCAUUAGAAUAAUCACAGAGAGCAACCACAAUAGGGUCAUGAACACUGGCAAAGCAAACUGGUACCAAAAGUUAAGUAUUUGUGGAAAUUUGUUUGCAUUGUUUGUACAGCUAUAAUAUCAGGCACAAUAGACUCGUAGAAGUCAGCGUUGUGAAAGGCCUAACAUGUCAUAGGCCAGCUACCUAACCAGGUUGUCAAUCAUCAGGACAACAAAGAGGUAUCUUUCCUCUUUCCCCAAACUUUUUUACCCUUCAAAAUGCUUAUCCUUCCUACAGAGUCGUCUCUCACAAACCUUGAUGCAUUUACCGUUGUCAACCCAUAUCUCAGUGGUGUCUUUUGGGGUCCUUGUGACUCUUACUAACACAAACCCUUUUACCCUAGUCUGUGACGCUUUCUGCCAGACUUGAACGCUCUGGUGGCUCCCUGACAUUUCCACUUGCUGAAGAGUUCUAGCCAUUGCGUCUUAUUCCUUAGUGCAUGGAAGCAGUUCUCAUCAUCCACACCUGGAACGCAUCUGUCCUAGAUCAGAGCUCAACAGGGAAGUCCAGUGGCCCUGGGACAAGGUCACUUUUGCUUGCAAAUGCUAUCUCUUGUUUCUCUUUGGUGCAAUGCCCAACUGGCUGGGGGAGAAGAACUGUGACCUUUUUAAACCCAUAGUGCCUACCAUUGAAAUGGAACGCUGUGUUGUUUUGCAUUGUAUUAUACGUGAUUACCAUGUAAAUAAAGUAUCAGAAAUUUGGUGUUCAUUAGAUUUUUUUGAGGCAACCCACAACAACAAUAUUUCUUCCUCUGCUAUAUGGGUUUAAAAACUAUUCCAGACCUGGGAAUGUUUGUGGCUGUGAAAGCUAGAAAUGCGUCAAAGGCAUUCAAUGGGAAAACACUGCAUAUAUAUAUAUAUGGCGUUGCUUUGCC